AUGCCGAGAAAAGGUAGAAAAAGAUUAACACAACCAAAAGGCACCAAUUUAAGAGGUCAAUCCACACGUCGUAAAAUUGAAGCUGCUCACUUGCAGUUACCUGAGAAUAACAUUUCUGUUAACGUUAACUCAGAACCAUCUGCAAUUACUAAUAAUCCCUCACCUCAGAAAAAAAUUCGAAUUUUGCAAAAUAUUUGUAUUAAACCUCCCAAAAAACAUUUAACAACUAAUGUUGAGAAAGGUAAAACUAGAGUUUCCUAUUACUCUACGAAACCCUCUGAGGGCGAGGAAGUAAAUAAAUCCCAAAAGUAUACCGCUUCCAAAAUAGAAGAUGGUUCUGUAAAAGACGUUUUAGAAUCUAGACCUUCUACUUCAAAAGGAAUAGUAACCUCAGAUGAUUCUGAUGAUUCUGAAAAUGAGGUGGCCGAAAUAAUAACCGUAAAAGCUAUAGUGCACAAUACCUAUGACGAAAACAACGAAGGCCACGAGAAAGUGCCUGUCAACAUUUCUUUAAAUAAACCACCUCGAGCCGCUCAAGCGAAAUCAGAAGUUUGGAAUUUAAUUCAAGUAGACACUAUAGAAAUAUUGAACGAGGACGAUAGCGAAAUGCUUCCUCCGUUCACACAUUCUCAGAUGGAAGCCAUUGAGGCAACUCUUGCCAACAUCGAACGCAAUGAUCCUGAGAAUAUUGACCAAAUCAAUCGUGCAACAACACGGGAGGAAAUUGAACGAGAAAUAAACAGAUUACGUAACGUAGGUAACCACAUACCUACAUACCUCAUGGCGAGCGAACGUGUCUUGAGACGUGGAGUUUCGUACUUGGGUCCUCUCAAUAGGUUGUGCGAAUACUGUUUUGCUCUCUAUUUUCCAACAGAAAUUACAAAACAUCCUUUACCAGUUUUACCCAAUUUGCUUAAACAGCUUUUCCAAGGUACCCAUCCUCUAUCUAAUCAUUUUAAAAGGUUUGUACUUUUAUACAAUCAUGCCUUUCAAUUUGUGUCCUUGGAAGCUAAUUUAAGAGAUUUACCCUUAGGUAGGGCACCGCCAGUAUACGCGAUUCAAGGUAAAAUGUACCAUCACAUAUCCGAUGUAAAUGUCAACCAACCGACUAUCGACAGACUUCGAGCAGAGGCGAUUAGAAACAAUAUAGAGCCGCUGCCCCUGGAAAUGCCCACAGUCACUCUAGAACUAUUAAGUGUACGCGGAGCUAACAGACGUCAGUAUGACUUACCAGUGGUGGAAGAAGUUGCCGCCAUUUACAAUAUAUUACCGGACACUCCCGCAACACCCAAUAUGCGUAUAUACGUACGUAAUCAACCGGGCAGAUUCCAAAAUGUCAGCGAAGAAAACGAACUGCUCGAUCCCCUGGUAUUUCCCCUUCUGUUCCCUCACGGAGAACCCGGUUGGCACAUAGGCAUCCCUCAUAGAAAUAAUGCACGCAAUGUAACUCUCUGCGAAUACUUUGCCUAUCGCUUAGCCAUCAGGGACAACGAACAACGAUUCCACUAUGGGGGCAAAUUAACUCAACAAUUUGCUGUAGCUUCCUACAUUAAAAUAGAAAAUAACCGCCUAAAAUAUAUAUUAGCCAAUCAAGAACGGCUAAGAGCGGCUGAAUAUGUAGGACUGGCAGAUUACCUUCACCGCACAAUACAAAAUAAUGACGAGGAAAACGAAGGCGCGACACUAGGAAGGAUGAUCAUUUUGCCUUCUACUUUUGUCGGCUCUCCUCGGCACCAACAACAAUUAUUUCAAGAUGCCAUGGCAGUAGUAGGUCGCUAUGGUACACCCAGUAUAUUCCUCACCAUGACCACAAAUACUCAUUGGAGGGAAAUUGUAGACAAUAUUCCUAGAGGUCAUUUAACUAACGACCACCCCUCUCUAAUAGACAGAGUAUUUCAGGACAAAGUAGACGAACUCAUGGAAGACAUGCUUAAAUCUCAAGUGUUCGGUAUACCGAUUGCCAAUCUCUAUGUCAUUGAGUUCCAAAAGAGAGGGCUACCCCACUGUCAUAACUUACUGAUCCUAAGAAAUGAGGACAGAUUAACCGAUAUUUUAAAAAUAGACGCAAUGAUUAGUGCAGAAAUACCCGAUUCACAAACAGAACCUGAACUAUUCCAAAUAGUAACUUCCUGCAUGGUGCAUGGACCGUGUGGUGAAUUAAACCCUCAGUCUGUUUGUAUGGUCAAUGGAGUAUGCUCUAAAAAAUAUCCUAAAUCAUUCUGCGAAAAAACUACUGUAUCACAAAGAGGGCAGAUUGAGUACAAAAGGCCGAAUAACGGUAGAACUAUAACGGUAAGAGCAAAUAACAGAAAUUGUGUUUUAGACAACCGUUGGAUUGUACCGUAUAACCCAUACGCCCUACUAAAAUACAACUGCCAUAUCAAUGUAGAAGCAUGCGCCAGCGUGCACAGUGUUAAAUAUCUGUACAAGUACUUUUUCAAAGGAGCAGACAUGGCACUCCUAAGAGUCAACAUAGAUAAUACAAACGAGUACAAUGAAGUAGAAAACUUCCUCAAUGGCAGAUAUAUGAGUCCAACGGAAGCCUGUUGGCACAUUAAUAAAUUUCCCAUGCACAAACAUUCUCAUACCGUAUAUCGACUAUGCGUACACCUCCCAGAGAGGCAAAUGGUUAGAUUCCAACCAGGAUUGGAAAUACAAGCCAUGCAACGCAACGAAGUCACACAAUUAACAGCUUGGUUUAUACUUAACCAAAAUGAUGCCGAAGCUCGGCAAUAUCGAUAUAUAGAUAUUCCUUACCAUUAUACAUGGGAAACACGCACCAAACGUUGGAAACGUAGACAGAGAGGUGCAGAUAAAAUCGUGGUACGAAUGUACUCAGUAAGCGUAAGGAACCAAGAACUGUACUACUUACGUUUAUUAUUGUUACAUGUUCAGGGACCACGUUCCUACGAGGACUUACGCACAGUAAACAACGUACUUUAUGGUACUUUCAAAGAAGCUUGCCAAAACCGCAACUUACUAGCCGACGAUACAGAAUGGAAAAGAGCCCUAAGAGAAGCUUGCGCAAGAGAUAUGCCUCAACAACUGAGAAAUAUGUUUGCCUUCAUGCUAAUCUUUUGCGAAAUUUCGGAUACGCGAGCGCUUUGGGAAGAAUUCAAAGCCCAUUUUAUGGAAGAUUUUCAGCGCCACGGCUUAUCCGACGACGAAGGGCUUCAAAGAACCUUACGAUCCAUUCAAACCGUAUUAUUGUUGAACGGAACAAGGCUAGCACUCUUCGGUUUGCCAGAACCGGAAGAGAUAAGAAUAGAAGUCGAUCCCAUUAACGUAGAAAUAGAACGACUAGAAGGUCAAGAAAUGUACGACAAUCUUAACCAAGAACAAAGAAUAGUAUGCGAAGCGAUAAUGGCUGCCAUUCGUGACCCCAACGAGGCCCGUCGACUUUUCUUAGUCGAUGCUCCAGCCGGAUCAGGCAAGUCGUACCUAUUUCAAACCAUUAUCACAAAACUGCGCGGUGAAGGGUUGCCCGUCCUGGUAACCUCUCCAACCGGCAUCGCCGCAUCGCUACUAAAAGGAGGUCGUACUCUUCACUCCACAUUCAAAUUACCUUUCGACAUUAACGAAACGACAACAAGUGGCGUAACUCCACGUUCAGCGGAAGGUCGCUACCUAGCAACAGCUCCCCUCCUAAUAAUAGACGAAAUAUCGAUGAUCACGAACCUUAUAUUCAAUAUUAUCGAACGAGCCUUAAGAGACAUCUGCAACGAUAAUAGGCCUUUCGGUAACAAGGUAGUGCUAUUAGGAGGAGACUUUAGACAAACACUGCCAGUCGUUGUCGGAGGAAAUAGAUGCACCAUUGUAAACGCCUGCAUAAAAAGCAGUCGGCAUUGGCCUCUGUUUUUAAACUAUAUGUUACGCACCAACAUAAGGGCCGAAGAAGAUGAAGAGUUCUCCAGAUGGCUCCUAGACUUAGGCAAUGGGACCUUAGAGCCACUGAGACGAACACCAUAUGGUAAUAUAAUACAAAUUCCCCAUGAAUGCUAUGUUAACAGAAUAGAGGACAUUAUAGAGUUUUGCUUUGACGACGUAGAUCCUACGGUAGCUACCCUGAAGGCAAUUUUAGUACCUACUAACAAUUCCAGUCAUAGCAUUAACCAAACAAUUUUAAAUAAAAUACCAGGGGAAAGUAAAACUUACUUCAGCGCUGACAGCGUCGAUAUCACUAACGAUCCAGCAGCCGAAGUAGCCAAUUACACGGUAGAAUUUCUGAAUUCCCUUACCCCCAACGGAAUGCCACCGCACAAAUUAGUCCUAAAAGAAGGUGCUAUAGUAAUGCUUCUACGCAAUCUAAAUCUUAAAAAAGGACUGUGCAAUGGUACGAGACUUAUUGUGCGAGUACUAGGAGAUCAGUACCUAGAUGUAGAAAAAAUAAACAGUGUAGGCAGGCCUACUGGCGAAAGGGUAUUCAUUCCUCGAAUAGAUUUAAAGUCAGCGGUUGACGUUCUACCUUUUAAACUUAAGAGACGACAAUUUCCGCUUUGCUUUGCACAAGGGCAAACAUUCCAAAAAGUGGGGAUAUAUCUGGAUGAACCUGUCUUCUCGCACGGACAGCUGUAUGUCGCUUUCUCUAGGGUUAGAGAUCUACAAGAUAUUCAGAUAUGUAUAAAGGAAUCCUCGCAACAAGUUGGCGACUUUAACGCUCAUAAUUCUCUGUGGGGGUCUGGUCAUACGGAUCGACGAGGUCGUAUGUUAGAGGAUAUAAUAAAUGACAAUGAUUUGGUUUUGUUAAACACCGGGGAAAAUACUUACUUCAAUGCUAGAUCUAAUGCUUUUUCAGCCAUAGACUUAACUUUCUGCUCACCACAAAUAGCUAAUUCAUUUCAAUGGGAAACUUUAUCUUCUCUUCCCUCAGAUCACUUCCCCGUGUCGAUUUCUUUCUCAGAAAAAAUAAUUGCAAACGGUUCAUUCCCUAAAUGGCAAUUAGAACGUGCCAAUUGGACUAAAUUUUCAAAGUAUGUCGAAAAGAUGAAAGAUUUUCAAGAUACAGACAUUUCAGUUGCAUCCUUAACAUCGAUAAUUAAUAAUGCUGCCACUGAAAGUAUUCCCAGAUCAAAUGGAAGUUGUCACAGGCCUUCAGUUCCCUGGUGGAAUGCAGAAGUUGCCAAAGCUAUUAAAAAUAAAAAACGUGCUUUAAACAGAUUCAGGAAAAUUCCUACAGUUGAAAACAAAAUUAUAUUUAAAAAAGAAAGGGCUAAAGCACGUCGAAUUAUUUUAAAAAGUAAACGCGAUUCUUGGUCGAAUUAUAUAUCAUCUAUAAACAUAAACACCACUUCUUCUGAGGUGUGGAAAAAGAUUCGAGCAAUAAGAGGUAAGAAAUUCCCGAGUCCAUCACCAACUUUAAUUAUUAAAGGUCAAUUAGUAACAGACCCGAGAGAAGUGGUAAAUUCUUUUGCGGAUUACUUCAGAGAUGUAAGUAGUAGUCAAAAUUAUAGUAGCAAUUUCUUAAUACAUAAGGAGAUUUGCGAAGCUCCACUGACUUUCAAUGAAACUACAACGUUACAUUAUAACAAAUCUUUUGACAUAUCAGAAUUAGAACACGUGCUUGAAGAGACAAAACAUUCCGCUCCGGGCGCUGACUUCAUUCCAUACGAAAUGAUUCGCCAUUUGCCAAAAACAUGCAAAGAAAUAUUAUUGUCACUCUAUAACAAAAUAUGGAUGGAUGGUGUUUAUCCUGUGGAAUGGAAAGAAGAAAUAGUAAUUCCAUUACUAAAACAAGGAAAAGAUCCUAAACUUCCCAACAGUUAUCGACCAAUCUCCCUUACCUGUUAUAUGGGCAAAGUGUUGGAAAAAUUGGUAAGUAAUAGGUUGAUAUGGUACCUAGAGGAAAAUAAGCUUCUUUCGGAGGCCCAGAUGGGCUUCUGA